UGACAUCACUGGACCUUUAGUUGGAUAGGAAGUAGCUGAUGCUGGUGCAGCUCAUCAGACUCUGCUGCAGAGAGAUCAUAUGCUUGGCUUGUUAGGAGACCAGGAAGUAUAACUUACAAUGUUGCUGAGCCCAGUAAUUUCAAAGUUGGCAGGAAAAAGAGUGGUGCUGGCUAGUGCAUCUCCUCGAAGGCAAGACAUACUUUCCAAUGUAGGACUUCGAUUUGAAGUUGUUCCUUCAUGGUUUAAAGAGACGCUCGAUAAGUCUGUAUUUUCAGCACCUCAUGAUUAUGCAGUCGAAACAGCUAAACAGAAGGCACUGGAAGUAGCCAGGCGCAUGCAUUUGAAGCAUCUUAAAACACCUGACAUUGUUAUUGGAGCAGACACUAUUGUGACUUUGGAAGAUGCAAUCCUGGAAAAACCAUUGGAUAAACAAGAUGCAUAUAAUAUGCUAUCAAUGUUGAAUGGUAAAGAGCAUAGUGUGUUCACAGGUGUCGCAAUUGUUCACUGCAAAAGCAACAAAGAUAAUCAGUUGGAGACCAAUAUUAUUGAUUUUUAUGAGGAAACAAAGGUAAAGUUUGCAAAUUUGUCAGAGGAUCUGCUAUGGGAAUAUGUUCACAGCGGAGAACCAAUGGAUAAAGCAGGGGGAUAUGGGAUCCAGUCGUUAGGAGGGAUGCUUGUCGAAUGUGUCCAUGGGGAUUUCUUAAAUGUCGUAGGAUUUCCUCUGAAUCACUUCUGCAAAAAACUAACUGAAAUCUACUACCCGCCAUCUAAAAGCACCAUUCACAGAGUGAAGCAUGACUCGAUUCCUUACGUAGAGACAUUUGAAAACUUAAGUGAUGUGGAGACAGACUGCACCAGCCAGAGAUCAUUAUUUGAAGGAAAUAACAUUUUAGAAGAAAAGAGCGUUCCUGGCUAUAGUAGCGAAGAUUUGGACUGUUCUUUGCAAUAUACAUCAGGGUUCCAGAAUGGAAUUGUAGAAAAACCAAGAAAAGAUUGUAAACUCCCAUCAAAUAUCCUCAAACUUUUGGAUGGAUUUAAAGCAUCUAAGGCAUUGUUUGUGGCAUCUAAAUUUAAGAUCUUUGAUAAGUUGAAAGAAAAUGGUACCUCGAAGGCCGUUGAAAUUGCAGAUAUGAUUAAUGCUUCCGUACGUGGAACAGAGCGGAUUCUUGAUGCUUGUGUUGCCCUUGGCCUGCUCGAGAAAACACAUCAAGUGUAUAGCAACACCAAAGAAGCCAAUACAUUUCUGGCUUCUGAUGGUGAAUUUUCUGUUCAUGACUAUAUUAUCCAUACAAAUGACAACUUGUGGCCAAUGUUCACACAUCUGGAAUCUGCUGUCAGAGAUGGGACACGCCAUCGAGAAAAUUCCCUCAUGAAAAGCACAGAGACCUCACACUGUGUUGCUCAUCACUGCCAUCCCGAGGCCAAGAAACAGUUUAUGAGUGCCAUGCAUGGCAUCCUUAAAAUAACUUCAAACGAUGUUGCUGCUGCAUUUGAUCUCUCCAAGUUUGACUCUGCUUGCGAUCUUGGAGGUUGCACUGGUGCACUUGCUUACGAACUGGUUCAUCUCUACCCAAAUAUGAGGGUGAAUGUAUUUGACCUACCCGAAGUUAUUCAGCACACUCCUCAAUUUCAGAAUUCUGAUUCAUCUCGGAUUACAUUUACAGCAGGAAACUUCUUCGAAGACAGUCUCCCGGAGGCUGAGUUGUACAUUCUCGCCAGAAUUGUGCAUCACUAUUCUGAUGAACAAUUAAACUGCUUGCUACGCAAGAUAUCUGAAAAAUGUCAUAAAGGGUCGGGUGCUUUACUGGUGGCUGAAAUUGUUCUUGAUGAAGAAAAAAAGAAACCAAGAGCUUUAUUGCAGUCUCUCUCAAUGAAUGAAGGAAAGGAGAGAAGUAGCACGGAAUACUGCAAACUCCUUGAAAAUUUUGGAUUUAAUAGCGUGCAAAUUAAAAUUACAGAGAACCUGUUGGAUGCCAUUUUGGCUACGAAGACAUAAUUUAAAAUAAUUUUAAUAAUUUAAUAUUAAAGAGUAAUAGG